GACCCCCAUCCCUGGUCGGACCCGUCUGCCCCGGUCCGGGACCCACAUCUCCAUCCCGACCCGUCUGCCCCGGUCCGGGACCCCCAUCCCCUGGUCGGACCCGUCUGCCCCGCUCCGGGACCUCCCAUCCCCGGUCGGACUCGUCUACCCCGGUCCGGGACCUCCCAUCCCCAUCCCGACCCGUGUGCCCCGCUCCAGGACCCACAUCCCGUGGUCGGACCCGUCUACCCCGCCCCGGGACCGGCGGGACCCAGCCCCAUGGAGCGGCAGCGGGAGGUGAAGGCGCUGCUGAAGCGGUGGGAAGCGAAAUUCCUGCGGGAGCGGCGGAGGAAGCCGGGACAGGCUGACAUCGAGGCAGCUCCAGAGGACACCAGGCGGCUCUACAAGGAAUACAAGAUGUUGAAGCAGCAGAGAUUGGAGUCAGACCCUUCCCAACCCAUCCCCUGCAGCCAACCAGCAGCUCAGGAGCCUCCAGCCAUGGAGCAGGGGCCCGACUCUGGUUGUUGGGGCUCACACCUCAACCGGCAGCCGAAAGCCUCACGGCUGAGCCACCACGUGCCCAAGACCUCGGUGCAAUACUAUGGGAUGAAGCUGAAAUCCAAGCUGGGAGCUGCUGGGAAGGAGACACCCCUGACCCCACGGAGAACCCCAACUUCCAGGAGGACCCUGGUUGUCCCCAAGCUCCUGAAGGACUCGGAGAGCAGCGACAAAACCACGUCCCCGGCGCCAACGGAGCCAUCACCAAGAGAAGAAGACAAGGCAGAAGAUCUCCUCCUUCCUCCCUCGGUGUCAGGGCUGGCCCCCAUCAUCCUCGCUGCGGGGUCGAAGCCUUCCCAAGCUCCACCCUCCAGGAAUAGAUUCCAGGAGCUGAAGGAGACGGUGGCGCAGACGCUGGGCUCGCUGGAUCCCGCCUGGCUCCGGAGGUGCCAAGGGACACCCGCGGAUGAGGGGACAAAGCCGGGGGCCACGCAGGAGGACGAGCAAGGAGACGUCACCUGUGCCCCCCUGAAGCAGGAGGAAGGAGGUGGAGGAGAAUCAGGAGGAGAUUCCAAUAGGAAAAGGCCCCGUGGAGAUGGUGGACACGGAACGGUGGCUCCGGCGAAGCUGCGGCGCCUCCACCAAGGCUCAGCCAAGGGAGGGUUUGGUGCUGGCGGUGGGAAGAAGAGGAGCAAGGAGGAAGAGGAGGAGAAGGAAGAGCACAAGGAGGCCCCAAAGGAGCUGAGGAAGGUGGCGGAGCCCUUGGAAAACCUCCUGGGAGAGGUGGAGGAGGAGGAGAAGCCCAGGUCCACCCGCAAAGCCGGCGCUGCCAGAGCACUUCCACAGAGCAGAGGGAACUUCGUCAGGCUCAACCUGAAGAGUCGAUCCCACGUCCGAGGCUUCGCCCUGCGGGGGAAUCGCCUCCGCAAGCAGGUGUGGAAGCAGAAGUGGCAGAAGAAGGCGAGAUGGUUUGGAGGAGGUGGAUCCAUGGACCGAAGCUCUGACGUCUGCUUCCGCUGUGGUGGGACAGGACACUGGGCAUCGGCGUGCCGGGGCCAAGCAGACACCAAAGAGGUGGAGAAGAGCAGCCCUGCUGAUGAAGAAGAGGAGGAGGAGGAGGAAGCCCCAUUGCCCACGCUGGAGGAGGUGGCUCGUAGGACCAACACCUUCCACCCAGAGCUCUCUGCAGAGGGUGGAGGCAACAACCGGGGAAGAUCCAAUGGGAUUUUGGAGGCAACGACUCACCUGGAUGGUUGGAGGCCCGUGUAUGAGCCACCAGCUCCACCAGCGCCCAUGGAGCCGCUCUACAGCCUUGGACCAGAGGGGAAGGUGCAAGAGACCCCGGAGGAGGUGUUUGAAGCUCUGAGGGCUUUGGGCUACAGCUCCUUCCGCCCCGGCCAGGAGGUGGCCAUCAUGAGGGUCCUCUCCGGUCUCUCCACCUUGGUGGUGUUAUCAACAGGGAUGGGGAAGUCUCUUUGCUACCAGCUCCCCGCUUACCUCUACCACAAGCGCUCCAAGUGCAUCACCCUGGUCAUCUCCCCUCUGGUGUCCCUCAUGGAUGACCAGGUCUCGGGACUUCCGCGGUGCCUGAAAGCCGUCUGCAUCCACUCCAACAUGCCCAAAUCCCAGCGGGAAGCGGUGAUGGAGAAGGUGAUGCAGGGCGAGGUGCAGGUCCUGCUGCUGUCCCCAGAAGCUCUGGUUGGUGGCAGUGGGUCAGGAUGUGGCUUCCUGCCCUCCGCUGACCGGCUGCCACCCGUGGCCUUCGCCUGCAUCGAUGAAGCUCAUUGUGUCUCCGAGUGGUCCCACAACUUCCGUCCGUGCUACCUGCGGCUCUGCAAGGUCCUGCGGGACCGCCUGGGGGUCCGGUGCUUCCUGGGGCUGACGGCGACGGCCACCUUGGCCACGGCGCGGGAUGUGGUCCAACAUCUUGGAAUGCCACCGGAGGAAGGGAUAACGGUGCACUCGGCCGCCGUGCCGCCAAACCUGCGCCUCUCGGUCUCCAUGGACCGGGACAGGGAUGAGGCCCUGAUCUCGCUGCUCCAAGGGGAGUGUUUCGGGGCGCUGGACUCCAUCAUUGUCUACUGCACGCGGCGGGAGGAGACGAGUCGCAUCGCGGCGCUCAUCCGGACCUGCCUCCAAGGAAUCCCACCCAGGGACCCCCCCGCGGCUCGGGAUCCGCGGCAGGACGCUGCCGGAGGGAGGAAAGGCAAGGCCAAGCAGAGCCUCCGGCGCCGGUCCCCGGCGUGGUUGGCGGACUCUUACCACGCCGGCCUCUCCGCCGCCGAGCGCCGCCGCGUCCAGAAGCGCUUCAUGAGCGGCCAACUGCGCGUCGUGGUGGCCACGGUGGCCUUUGGGAUGGGGUUGGAUAAAGCAGACGUCCGCGGUGUGGUGCACUACAACAUGCCCAAGAACUUGGAGAGCUACGUCCAAGAGAUCGGCCGCGCCGGGCGGGAUGGAGCCACGGCUCAUUGUCACCUCUUCCUGGAUCCAGAGGGAGGGGACCUCCACGAGCUGCGGCGUCACAUCUAUGGUGACUCGGUGGAUUUUGUGACCGUCAAGAAGCUGGUGCAGAAGGUUUUUGUGCCUUGCAAGUGCUUGGAGCUGCAUCAGAAGCACCAAGAGGUCACCAAGGACGUGGAGGUGGAAGACGCUGAGAUGGUCGAGCUCCUGGAGGAGGAGGUGCAAGAGGAGGAGAAGAAGACAAGGCAGAGCAGGCCACGGGUGUGCUACAAGCACGAGCGAGCCAUCCCCAUCCAACCAACCGUGGAGGCCUUGGACCUCCGGGAGGAAGCUAUCGAGACCCUCCUGUGCUACCUGGAGCUUCACCCGCGGCGCUGGUUGGAGCUGCUGCCUCCCACCUACUCCUCGUGCCGGCUCCAGUGCUACGGAGGACCCCGGCAGCUCCGGGACGUGGCCCGGAGCUCCCCACCCGUGGCCGUGUUCCUGGCUCGGGAGCGCCUGGAGGGGAGGGACCACGUCCACAGCAGCUCCGUGGAGUUCAACGUGGUCUCCUUGAGUGACUCCAUGGGGUGGGAAGUGGUGCUGGUGAAACGAGCCCUGCGCCAGCUCCAGUGGGACCCGCGGCUGCGGAGAGAUGGCCGCAGGGCUGGGAACAGCGGCGUCCUGGUGGAGUUUGGAGACCUGUCCUUCCACCUGCGCGUCUACGGCGACCUCAGUGCUGAAGAGCUGGAUUCCGUCUGCGACUUCCUCCACCAGAGAGUGGUGGCCAGGGAGAAGAUGGCCCUUGGCCAGCUCCGUGCCUGCUUCCAGGCCUUCCAGAGCGUGGCCUUCCAGACCUAUGGCCCUCACCCGGUGGCUGAAGAAGAGCAGAGAAGCUCCCGCCUGAAGGCUCUGCUCAGCGACUACUUCGAGAAGGAGCGGGUUGAACGCGGCCGCGAGGAGGAAGAGGAGGAAGGUCUCGGUGAUGCCCAACUGCGGGACUGGGAGAGCCAGGCCCGCGCCGACAUCCGCCACUUCCUCGACAUCCGCCGGGAUGAGAAGUUCUCCGGCAGAGCCGUCGCCAGGAUCUUCCACGGCAUCGGAAGCCCGUGUUUCCCGGCUCAGGUCUACGGCCGCGACCGGCGCUUCUGGAGGAGGUAUCUGUGCAUGGACUUCCACCACCUCGCCCGCGUGGCCACCGAGGAGAUCCUGGCCACCAGGUGAGGGCAGGAGCCAGAGCCCAGGACCACCAGCUCGUGGUUGAGGGUCAUCACCCAUCCCUUGUCCAUCACCCGAAGACCAGAUCGUCUUCGUGGUGGUGGGGAUGCUGCCACCACCUCGUACUUGAAGGACAAUGGGACAUCGCCAAGGUCUUGUCCACCACCUCAGGACCACAUCUCGGGGGGGUUCUGCCUGCUCCAGGCGCUGCCUCCACUCGGGCUUUCCAGGGUUUAUGUGGAUUUUAUCGAGGAAUUAAUAAAACUCGUGGAUCUGA